AUGAGAUUACUACAGCAAUACAUAGAUAUAGAGAAAAUUGAUGAAGCGACUUUGGAUCAACACAUGUUUACACAUGGUUGUCCUCCGUUAGACAUGCUUAUACGAACAAGCGGUGUCCAACGGCUAAGUGAUUUUAUGUUAUGGCAAUGUCAUAAGACAACUAUAAUUAAAUUUGUUAAUUGUUAUUGGCCUGAUUUUAAUGCAUGGAAAUUUUUGCCUCUUAUUCUUGAAUAUCAAUUGUCAAUAUUUCGGUUUUUUUCAAAAAAAUGCUUUUCUCUUAAAGUUAAUGUAGAAAUAGGGAAAAACUAAGAAGUCGGUAAU